UGUGAGACCUCAACGCGAGGACAGCUAUUUGUUACUCAUUGACGAUCAUCCACAGAAUGACAGAUGCUGGUCAACGCUGUGCUGCAGUAGUGUCCGCGACUGCAAGACUGUGUACAUUGUACUGUGUACUGCCAGUGGACGUCCGCGGUGUGCUAUCGAUAAAGGGAGAGGGAAUGCCCUAUCGAUAAGCAAAGUUCCGCCGUACCAGGUAUUUCUGCAGCGUCGAGUACUAACCAAAAGCUGCGCAUUUUGGGCCAGUAACUGUCGAAGACAUCACUCCAGCGAUUAAAUGAAAUACAAAGUCACGCGCGUCUCUACUUCACAGAAACCACGAGCAGCAACUAAGCUCGCGUUGUCUUGCCGUAUCUCACAACCGAGCAAAGAACUUUUUGUGGCUUGCUGACUCUACUUCUAGCUACCGUGGACAGGGCGGCAGAUUAGAGGUUCGCUCAGGAGAAAUUGAUGGCUUGCAAGCCACAAACCUUGAGACGGAAUAGUCAAGAUCGAGAUCGCCACAAGAUGCAAAAACAGCCUUCCAUAACACGCCUAGUUCUCUCCUAUCGAUCUGCUACCCCAGCUUCCACCUGCAAGAGCAUUGUCAUGUCAAUCUUAUAUGCCAGCCACGUCAUUCGACACGUCAACAACAAUAUUCUUCGCUAAGAUUGGAAGAGCCCAGUACUUCUCCACCAUUUACCGAUUCGGCCAGAGGGGAAGUAAAGAAAAGAUGGAUGAAGGUGUCGAGACCGUGCGCUAAGCGCCCGAAGCUUCGGGUUAAGCUUUGGCUUCCUCGUGUUGGGUCACAAACGCCGCAAAAAAAGAAUGCUGUUCUUUUCCCACUCCUGAGCAAUGCAUGAAGGACUCCCGUACCUGACCGCCGAUCCAGGCACACGACCUGUGAAACUGUGGAAAACACCCCUUUGACAUAAGUGUUCGAGCGAUAUUUAUGGGCGUUAACGCUUCCAGCAUGGGAUAACAACCCGUACUCUUGCCCACCAUGACACUUGCCGCCACGACGGUCUGCGCAAGUGGGCCUACAAAUCUCCAUCUCCUGGAUCUACUCGCCGGCCCUGGUUGCCCUCGCAAGCUUAUCGUCCCGAUUACGCGAGACUUUUGCGCCACGGCUCUCCAGUACGGCAGGAAGUCAACUGGUGAGCGGCAAGCGGUCGGCCGAAACACUUUUUUUGUGGACGACGUGGCUUUGGACAUCGAGGCUCAUACGAAGGGCGGUUCUUGGGAGUCGUAUUCCUGGUUGGUAUGUUUCUCCUGGGAGCCCAUCACGACGUAACCAAAUCUGCGGAGCAGAAUAAAACGGCACGUUUCUUCCUGCUUGGUAGCUCCCCGACUUCCAUUUAUGUGGUAUGUUGUUUUUGUGAUUGAAUUUUCUUUCCAGCUCUUGACGUGUGAACGUCGUCCCUUCGUUUGAAACGCCCUGUUCUUUCGUUUGGAAAGGCUUCCACAAGCCCUCAGCAUUUCUCCAGUGUACCGUUGUCAGAUCUACGAGAUUUUACUUGCACAAAUGGGCGUCACUUCGGUCCUUAUAUGGGUUACCCUGCUAUUCGCGGCUUCGAUACACGCCGUCCCUGAUUUUCGAGGGCCAGGAGACUUUGACUUUGGUAUUAGAGCCAGACCGACAGGGAGACGACAUGCAGGAUUCCAUCCUACUGGCCAUUCAAGGCCUCAUCUGUUUCUAACAACGCCAGCUCAUCCUCAUCCGGUAGGCCCGUCGCAUCGGCCUCCAGGGCCGGGCCAUGGCUCUAAUACGGUGUCUUCCCAAAAUCCUGUCUACUACUCGGGGCCACCCAUCAUCGGAACAGCCAGUUUACCAGCAUCGCUAUCAACCAUCGUGUUUCCGUCAAAUCUUCCGACAUCAGGGUUUCCCAAACCAACCUCAGGUUCUUCGCUCGGGAACAAUGCCUUACCCCAGAGCGAGACCAACGGCCAAUCAUUGCUCGGCACCUUUGACGCCCCCAAAUACCCUCUUUGGAUCGGCCAUUCCUCCUCCGGCGAUCAUAACCAUGGAGGAUCACCGUCGGGCAGUCCGCCCUGGGGAAAUCGAACGGCCAGUAACACGAAUCCGUACAAGGGGGCGCCGUCGACGGGCGUGGUUCGGUCAUACGACUUUGUCAUUUCGCGAGGCACGAUAGCUCCUGACGGGGUUGAGCGUAGCGUGCUCCUCGUCAAUGGCGCCUUUCCGGGACCUACCAUCGAAGCGAACUGGGGCGACACCAUCCAAGUCACUGUGACCAACAGCAUCACGGGGCCAGAGGAAGGGACUGCGCUCCACUGGCACGGCAUGUUGCAGAAAGGUACGCCCUACGAGGACGGCGUGCCGGGCAUCACUCAAUGUCCCAUUGCUCCCGGACAGACGUUCACCUACUCGUUCAACGCCGCUCUGUACGGAACGACGUGGUACCAUUCGCACUACUCGGCGCAGUAUGCCGGCGGCAUUCUUGGGCCCAUGAUCAUCCACGGUCCACUUAACGCCGAGUACGACGAGGAUCUCGGUCCUAUUCUGCUGACGGACUAUUACCACGAGGACUACUACACGAUUGUCGAAGAGGUCAUGGGCACAGACCUUACGCUUGUCGCCCCGACCUCCGUCAACAACCUCAUCAACGGCAAGGGCGUCUACGACUGCUCUCUAGUAAGCAAUGACACGACAUGCACUCCUAACGCAGGCUUGUCAAAGUUCGGCUUCACCUCGGGUCAGUCAUAUCGCCUCCGACUGAUCAACGCAGGCGCUGAAGGUAUCCAGCGGUUCAGCAUCGAUAACCACGCCCUGACCGUCAUGGCUUACGACUUGGUCCCCAUCGAGCCAUACACCACUAACGUUGUGACACUGGGCAUCGGCCAGCGCGCCGACGUGAUUGUCCAGGCAAAUGGAUCCAGCUCUGACCUUGUCUGGAUGCGAUCGACCAUCAGCUCUUUGUGUUCUGCCACCACGCAGCCCGACGGCUUGGCCAUCAUCUACUACCAAGACGCCAAUACCACAGCAGAGCCGACCUCGUCGGCCUGGCCCAUCGACGACACGAGCUGCGGCAACGACGCGCUCGACACGACCGUCCCGUUCUACCCAAUCACACCCCCCGCGUCAAGCAAUGACAAUAGCACCACAUCAGCAGCAGCAGCAGCAGCCGUACCAACAGUCAACGUGGCGCUCAACUUCGAAAUCAACUCGACAGGCCACUUCCUAUGGACCAUGGACGGCUCCAGCUUCCGCGUCGACUACAACGACCCCGUGCUUAUGCUCGCGGCCGCCGGAAACGAUUCGCACCCCUACGACCCCGAAUGGAACAUGUACGACUUCGGUAGCAACCAGAGUUUCGUUAUUGUCGUCAACAACGAGUCUCCCAUCGCGCAUCCGAUGCACAUCCACGGCCACAACAUGUUCGUGUUGAGUGAAGGCCUCGGAACUUGGGAUGGAUCCGUCGUCAACCCGUCCAACCCGACCCGUCGGGACGUGCAGAUGCUUCAGCCGGAUGGAUAUAUGGCCAUUCAAGUCGACGCCGACAACCCGGGCGUCUGGCCUUUUCAUUGUCAUAUCGCUUGGCACGUCAGUGGUGGAUUGUAUAUCAAUAUCUUGGAACACCCCGAACUCAUUCCGUCGGCAUUCCAUAUUCCCUCGAACGUGAACAAUCUUUGCACAUCGUGGGAUGCUUUUACCAACCGUGGUCCUAUCGACCAAAUCGAUUCCGGCCUACGCAAGCGCAAUCAUCUCGGCAACCGCGCCUUUUCCAAUCCUAUUCGACGAACGUUGUGACGAUUUUUCUAUGUCUACUUGGACAUCUGGCACGUGGAAUAGCACCUGUUACUAGUAUGACAUGUCCUGCGAGUAAUGCUCUUUUUGUGUGUUGGUGGUAAUGUGUAUAUAUCUAUAAUAUGACUUAAGGAUUCCAAGCCAGUAAUGUAAUCCCUAUAUAAACUAGACGCGGCGUCUGUUGGGGCCGACGUUGUUCGGCCACGAAUGAGAACCCGCAAAAACCGAUGCACUGCCUCGAAUGUCGACAGUAUAGGUUCGACGGCACAAGUCAAGGAACGUUUUCCAUAGGUCUUCCCCUAUCUGGACCCGGACUCUGUCAUAGGUA